GGAGCUAAUGAAAGAAGUGCCUUGCUUUUCCGUUUAUGGUUGUGUAGUAUUAUUUAGAAGCUAAAGAUUUCUUUUGGAUUCUUUUUUUGUUGGUUGGGAUGACCUUAAGUUCAAGGAUGUCUUACGAAGCCUCGUACAUAAAGGCUAGGAAAAAGUAAGUGGUCUACUAAAGCUGCAUAAAUCGCUUUCUCAAUUUUCUUUAAUCCAGUGAUUCAAUUUAAAUGAUUUCGACCAGCCCAUUGCAACAUCGAAAAUGAGGAUCUUUGAACUUCAAACUUUUUUGCUCUGGACUUGAUUUAAGCUCACGUACACUCUCAUAAAAUACAAUCUUACUUUUAUUUCGAUUUUUAGGUUUUAAAAUAUGAUCAGUUCGAUGUAUGAUUGCUUAACCCUACGUGUACAUAAAAAAAUUACAAAUCUUUUCAUUGUUUUCUUUUUUCUUCUGCUUCUUUUCUACAAGUGUUUCCUUAUUUCUCCGCUAUUUCUCGAUAUAACCGUUUUUGAAGGUCCACUUGAUUGAAACUCGAGUUUCUUGUGGUUGGGAUUUGACUUGAAAGCACCUUUUUGUUUAAACACAUUUCAAGAAUCUUUUCAAUAAAGUCUAUUUAAUUUUAAAGUGUAUAGUAUUUCUUGGUUUAUUUGCCGAAGAAAUAUAAUGUCUUUAGAUUUAGUAUAGAUAUGAAUUUAACAGUAUCCAUGCAAUCUAACAUAAUUUGUUGACAAGGAAACGUACAUUGUUGAAUAAUUACAGGAAAAUAUGGAUUAAAUUUUGAAAUCCAGAAUUUGAAUCUGCAAUCGAAGGCACAAUCUGAAAAACAGAUUCCAACGCUGAGAAAUGUGUCUUUUUUUGGGAAAUCUGAGAAAGGAUUUGAAAAAAAACUGUUUACAAGCACAGUGUUCUCACAAGUGCACACACAUUAUCAGCAGAAAAAAAGAACACUGUUUCAUGAGAACAGUUUUGUAAAUCCUUUUUUGCAUUCCAAUCAAAUGACAAAGAAGGAAAGCAAUAUUACACAAUCCAUCUUGAGGACUGAAUUCUCAGAGGUAAAAACCCUUUUCAGAUUUAGCAUUUUGAUUGCAAAAUCCAACACCCUGGGUACCAGAGUUUUUUCUUGCAUGCAGCGGGAAUUUUCAGUGUUAGCCGAAGACCAACACAUCUUCGGCCGUGGUAGAAAAGUCUCAGGCACCCAGGGCAAAAAUCCAAAAUCUGGAUUUCAAAAUCUAAAUCCAGAUUUUGAUGUGAUGUUGUUGUUGCUGUCGCCAUCGUGACUAAUAUUUUUUCCUCAACACAGGGCUGUGAGACAGCUUAAAAGCAACACUGCUCAGCAACUGGAGGUUGAAACAAAGAAGAUGGAGGAGAGGAUUCGUGCAUUGAAAGAACAAAUGUUCAAAGAGAAAGAAGAACGAGAGUAAGUGUCAAAUUGUUAGAAUCUAUAACAUCAUAGUCUUCAAAGAAUGUCCCUGUUCGCUGGGUGUAACAGAGGGACAUGCUUGAAGACAAGACUUUUUUUUGUUCUGCUGCCCUGAAGCGGGUUUAUGAUUUAGAAACAAGCUCCUAAUUUUAAGGGAAUAGCGGAGUGUAUGAUGAGCAGAAGGUGAUGCUGGGUUUAAAACCUCACCAAGCCACAAUCCUAGUUCAAGAUCGUGCUAGCUGAGAUGAAAAUCUGGGUUCAGUUCAAAUGAAUGUGUCUUUUGGGGGGUGACAGGGCUUGAAGAAAGUCCGUCUGGUAGUUUGGGACGAGUAGCUUUCUCUUGCUGGGCAAUUAACUUUAAACCCUUUAAGUCCAAAGAGUCACAGUGGUCAGCAUCGAAUUUCUCCUUGUAGUAUCUAUGCUUUUAAUACAGCUGAGUGGUCAUGAGAAUUACAGACAUGAUCACACAAGAUGAAUUUGCUUGAUCUUUUAUCAAUUUCUCUCCACUACUUCUGUAGGAAAUGAAUGGGGGCAACAAUGAGAAUUCAAGUUUUGAUCUUGGGGUUUAAAGAGUUAAAACUUACUUGCCAAAUGGGCAGAAAAAUGAGGGACUACAGGGUCCGUAUCCCUUCCAAAUCAAUUAAGCGCAUCCAAUCGGCUUCCUUCCCUCAUUGAGCUGCAAGUUAUCCUCAGAUACUAAUUUUCUUGACAGUUGUUUUCGGCGUGAAGAACUUGAUAGUGUAGGCAAAUUCAUUAACUUAGACAAGCAAGAAUGGCCUUGGGUGAGCAAAAUGUCCUGGACAUGCUGGAAUAUUUCUUCAAGCCCUGGAUGACGUUAGUUCAUUGUCCUUGUCUCCUUCCUCCUUUCUUAUCAAAUUUAAAGGGGACGAUUAAGAACCUUCAUAAGUACAUUCAAUACCAUCGGUGUGGUGGUAUCUUCUCGUGCUUUUUUGUUGUUGUUGUUGAGAAGGGAUGGUUUUAGACAACCAAUAAUAAUAAUUUUAUUACUUAUAACACACAAAUUUGCUUGUGUAUAUGAUCAAAUGUCAAGUUUCUCUACCGUAUCUAGCAAGGGUAUUAAAAUGAAAUAAGAUUUGGGUGGGAAAGCCCUAUUUCCAGGGAGUGAAGGCUUCUUAUUUGACCAGAGUAACAAAUCAUUUUUUCAGUGUUUACAUUAAUUUGUUAACAGGAAGCUAGGUGGAACAAGGUGGGUGUCAGGAAAAUCCGGUCCCCUCAACAACCAUGUACAAGAUGUACUCAAGAAAAAGAACCAAAAAACUGAUAAAGUGAGUGCAAUGUUUUGCCUUUCACCUAAUUAUUAUUUGCUUUUAUUUAAUAUAGAGAGACUGCAAAACAGUCAAUAUUUUUGCGUAUUCAAGUACUCGUGAACAGUCAAACAAAAGCCCUGGAGCGAGGCUGAAAACAGAGACGAAGACUGAGGAGUGAUGCUACAGACAUAGUAUCUUAUAUACAAAAUGCAUUUUUUAAGUUCAAGUUAUAAUAAGGAUGUGUUGUGUAGUUACAUGUAAGUGCUUCUUGGUUUUUGCAGCCUCAGAGGAGAAUUAAAGUCCUUGGAGAUGAACCCUUAGGUGAGUAUUAAACAAAGACAGAGCAAAACAAUAUUAUUUCCUUUUUGUGUCCCACAGUUGCCCUUAUGUAAAGAAUAGUUGUGGUUAGAAAAUAAUAUUCUUACUACAAUUAUUGGUUAGCGAGGUGUUGAGUUUUAUGGUUCGCUUUCUUGUUCUUCUCAGUUUGUUGUCAGGUUGUUAUUUUAAAACUGAACAGUAAAGGGUAUACACAGUGAUUUUGUUACAAAUAGUAGUUAUGGUGAGUCCUGGGACUAUUCUUGUAAAAAAUUGUGAGUCCUAGUCCAGAACCUUUGAGUCCCUAUUCAAAAGCCCUGGGUCUUCAUGUAACCACACUGUUAAUCUAAAGACGGACUCCAAAACUCCGUAUUACAGUCACUGAAAAAAAAUAAAUAUAUACCCCUUCUUUUGUCAAGCACAACAAAGACUAAAAGAAAUAUGCGCCGUUAAGCAACAGCUACAAGAACAGCCACAGAAAUCACACAAACAGGAUACUUCAGGUUGAUCAAAAUAAUGAUCUUUCAACUUACGGAAUGCAUACCACAAAUUAUUUUGUGUCUUUGGGGAUUUUUGUGGGUCAGGGACACAGGACGCAGAGGUAACAAGAUCACUGUAUACAGUGAAGUGAAAUCUAUGUGUUAACCUUUUUAGACCUAAGAGUGACCAACAUCAAGUUUCUCCUAACUAUAUCAAAUACAUGUACAUGAUCAAGGCUGGGUUGUAAGAAUUAAUAAAAUCAUCACUAUUUUUAGAACUUGCUUUGAUCUUAAAACAAAUUUUCUCAACUAGUUUUUCAAGGAAAUGUAUGGAGAUCAGAGUGGAUAAUUUGUUUGUUACUUGAUAUUGGGACUUAAAGGUUAAGUUGAUUGAAGAGUCCAUACUUUUGCAGAAAGUUACAAAAAGAAAGCAACACCCAGAGCUCAGCAAGUGGACAAUCUUGGUGCUUUAGGAUGUGGCCAGUGUGAGAGGACAAAAGCUACUCUGGUAGGGUUACACUGUAUUUCUACUCUGUUUACAUGCACUUAAAGGGUUGUUGUUGUUUUUUUGUUGUGUGUUUGUUUGUUUGUUUGUUUUUUACAUCACUGUGCAUUAAUUUGUUAAAAACCAACUCCAGAUCUGCCUUUUGAAUCUCAGUAAAUACGUCAUUAUUCCAAUAUGCAUGGUGGCUAAAACCAACAUUUUGUGGUGCCAGUAAUGGUUCCCCACAAAAUGACGUCUGAGAAACGAGAUCUGGGCGGGGCAGUGCUCCUGAUUGGUUAGAAGCACUACCCAGUGACACCUCAUCAAUAUGGAAUUUCUUCACUUGUUUCUCAGACAUCAUUUUGUUGGGAAAACUAGUGGUGUCACAAAAUGUCAGUUAUCUUCUAAUCUUAGACUAAGUUAUUGGGAGACAUUUGCAAAUGUCACAAGCUAUCAACAGAGAAAAACAUCUGGGUUCUUGACAGGAUUCUGAGACUGAAAACCAGCCUUUAGGCAAUACUCACAGUUACAGUAACAUUGCAUCUUGUUGUCUCCAGGUCUGUGUGGAUUGUUCUGAAAAAUACUGUGUGAGUUGCUUCAUGUCUUUUCAUCAAAAGGGAGCACUGAAGAAGCACACGACGCAAACAGUUGAACAGGUGUGUCUUGUAUCAAUAACUGCGCUUAAGUGCUUUUCUGUGUUUCAUUUUGCUCGUAGUAGAAGGUUGCAAAACUUUGUAUGUUUAUAGACUUAAUACCUUUUACUGAUUUUGCCACUAACGUCAAAUGUUUUUGUUUCAUAGUAUGAGGCAGAACAACUUGAGAAAAAGGAAAUCAAGAGUUCCAUUCCUGCUAAACAAGAAAUAUCACCUCGAAAGCAAGUCUCCAGGUAUGAUGGUAACUUUUUUAGUGACGAGUUUGUUUCAAUUGAACGUUUUUUGAUGCAACCGGUUUUUCAUGAGAUGCAAAGUUAAAAGCUCAGUCUCACUAUUAAUGUUUUUUUCAGGGUGACCAGCCACGCUCAACCAAAAUCUCCACAGGUAUGAAAGCUUGCAGUUCUUUCACAAGUGAUUUGUUAGGUCAAUCAUCAAAUUGUUUCCUAGUAAUACGGCAACUGGACAUUCAGAUUUACUUAAAUCCAUCCACGACCUUCGACAAAUUUGCGAGACACUUCUUGUCCCAUCUCCCCUUUCACAAAAGUGAAAAUCGUUUGUCCUUUGCAAAAGUAUGCCUUUAAAUGUUACUGCAAUGGAGGGAUGGGGUUAUACUGUCUACACUAAGAAAUGUCCAAAUGAUACUUGUGUGAGUUUGUUGUUUAACCCUUUAAGUCCCAGUAUCCACAUACAAAUUCUCCAAACUGAUCUCUAUAUAUUUCCUUCAAGAAUGAGUCGAGAGAAUUAAUUUUUUUUGAUAAAAGAUCAAAGCAUUUUCUCUUUGGUGAUCAUUUUAUUAAUUCUCAUAACCUAAUCUCUUGACAAUGUAUGUAUUGUUAGGAGAAAAUUGAUGUUGGUCACCAUUGGGACUUAAUGGGUUAACAGUACAAAUUCAAAGGUGGUGUAACAACCUUUGACAUGGUAGUUUACAAGUUUUACAUCUUCUUCUUUCCACCUUGAUUCCUUUUUUGUAGUUGAGUGAUUCUUCAGCACAUCAAGGUGGAUCCCUCUUGCAGGGUUCUUAUGAUGAAGAAGCUAGUGCACAAUCUUUUGCACAGGCUCUCAUGGAAUGGAGAAGCGCUGGUAAAACAGAGAAGAUGUGGACAAACCCAAGUGUACCCAGAGGUAUUUAAACAUUACAAUCUAUCGCCUAUAGGUUAUCUAAAUUAACGAUGUAAAUUUAUCAAAAUUAAGUUGCUUUUUUGGUUUGUGUUUCUUGUCUUUAUGAAAAGACUAGAGAGUCGUUAAUUUUUCUUUUUUCAUUUUUAUUCUAAUUGAUAUUUAAGAUCGGACUUGAAAUUGAAAGACGCGCAAAAGAGAGGGGACGUCGAUGUUCCCCUCCCCCCCUCCCUCGUGCACCCUUUGCGUUCUCGCUUGUCCGAUUAUUUCCAGUUUUCCCCAGGCUCCUUUUCGAGUAGCCGCCUCGCAAGUUAGUACAGGUGAACGCUGUGGUCCUAAUACUUUCAUUGUAUUUACAGGCACCUCGUGUGAAACAAGCACCACGCCCGAGGUUCCCAAAACACAGGAGAUUAAACUAAAUUUUGGCCCCAACAAGUCUCUGAGCUAUCUUGACCGUAUGAUGCUGAAAAAGCACCAAAGUAAUCCAAACUUCAUCUCUCGGCAAACUCCCUUGAAAGAUUUUCAAGGCAAUAGCAAAGACCCAAAGUCAGACGGCAGCCCACAGAGAGAAAUGGAAGUCGAAAACCAACUAGGCACGAACUACCGUGAGAUUUUUCAGAGUUUGGGUGCAUUAAACAAGAAAAAUGCGCGAGAAAACGGAGUGGCAAGUGUUGCUGCAUCCAGAGGAGUGAUAGCGAUUGAGGAGAUCACCGAUGAUGAAUUAAGCGCAGAGGAAACAACUGCUUGUAUUGUUGACGAACAAGAUUCUCAUCCUCACCCCCAGUCCCAAAGUAGACCUGUGUCACGGUCUGGGAGAGUCAGUAUUACGUGCAUGACCCCCAGGGGAAAUUUCGAAGCUGAUAGCGAUGCGUUGGUGUUACAAGAUGUUUCACCUGUAUCUUCUGUCAGCCCUUCCUUGGAACAGACAUCGCCCUUUUCAAGGCUUGGUGUCAGAGGGGCUAAUUCUCGAACGGGACAGAACAUAGCGAAACACUCCCAAAUCAAGCAGCAGAGCGAUGGAUCAUCGGCAAGAGUAUGGAGUCCACAGCCAAGCCAUAUUGGUCUCUCCGAGUUUUUCCUCGCCGGUGUAAAGGACGGAUCACCCUCUAACUCUCGUGAGAGGGUGUCUACAAUUAGCUCGUCACAAAUUAAACCCGAUAAUUUAAGCCAGACACUAUUAGCACGUAAUGUGUGGAAACCACAGGAGAGUUUUCUCGAAAAUGAGGUCAGUCAGCAAAGAGGCGCGGAGGAAGUUAAUACCACUGGCAGUGAAGUACGUCCGCAAAGCCCACGCCCUAUUAUUCCUCUUUUACGUGAGCCAACUUUAUCAGCUAAAAGCCGCGACAGACCUGACUCUAAAUCCUCCACAAUAGCCAUGCCUGUUGGAACUGACAUCGUGUAUGAUGCUCAGAUUCACGACUUCGGAAUUGUGGAUUUCCUAAAGACGCAGCCACCAAAUGGCUUCGAAGAUUACAGCCUGGUGCACCGCGUUUCAACCGUUUCAGAGCUGACACUUAGUCCAAACCCGCCAGUGUUUCACUGGUCUGAUGACAGCGAUGAUGACUUCUUAGAACAGCUCUGUUCCCGAGUCACUCAGGAUGAGCUGCGAGCGGACCAAGACGAGGCUGACCGUGCGACCUUGACUAACCUUGCCUGGGAACUAGCCUCGACUACAGGCAGGUUGACUCAGUGUGAGUUGGAUGAGGAUGAGGAAGAGACCGGGGAUAAGAAAGCAGGUAGUGAAGAUGAAUUUGAUGAGGAUAGCAUUGAGAAUAAUGACCUGGGAUCGGGAUUGAGCUCCAGUGAGGAAGAUACACCCAUUGACAGUUACAGUGCGAAUGCAAACAGAACCAGAGGCGAUGAUGAUGAAACUGCUUUGGCCGAAGCGGAAGUUCAUGCUUUGAAGUGAAUGUGAAAUAUUCUUAUGCGAUGAUUCGAGAUUUAGUUCAAUAUCUUUUGGGGAAAGGUAUCUAUGCCGGAAUGCCGAAGAAGCCUACAUGACAGGUCCAAUUUGUUAUGAUCAUAAAGAUGGGCACACUGGACGUAGUUUCACUGGUAUUUUCCAUAGUUGGUUUCUCAGGCUCAUUUUCUUGGUAUGGCGAAGAAACCUGCAUGACAGGUCGAAUUUGUCAUUAGGUUGAAGACGGGAACACUGGACUUAGUUUCACUGGUAUUUUCCACAAUAUGAGUGGAUAGCAGACAAGGUCUUGGCAACGCCAAUGAGAAAAACCCCCUUUGAAUAGGUGCAAACUCCGCUCCAACAAACAGAAUUGCGGCCAUGCUGCAAGAUCAUGAGAGUGAAAUAAAAUUGAGCAUUGAACGCCCUUAUCACCCUUAAAACCUCACGCGUUGGCAAACAAGUAAAAUCAACAUUCUUGACAGUUAACAGUUAUAUUAUCGUUAACGUUAGAGAGAUAAGGUUGCUCCUACAGACAAGUGGCGAUCUCUUUGUUUUCUGCGUUUAAGAUCUUAAAUAGACAGUUGACUCGCAGUCUAUGUCGACGAAUGCAAAAGUAAAUUGCAGUUCUCGAUAUGCUAAGGUUUACAUUGUCGAUAACGGCGAGUAGCUCCAAAACUUGGACUGGGUGGUACAUUAGUAAUGUGCUUUUCCAGGAGGGGGUAGCUGUUUUCCAGUGCUGCGGAAGAACGAACCCUGUUCAAUACGCGUGACGAACGUGCUUAUACGCUAACACGGUCGCUGAAUGAAGCUAAUAUAUACCAACAAAUGAUAUUCCAGUUUUAUCUAGUGAUUAUUCUUGUCUACUACUUUAUAUAUAUAUAUAGUAUCUAGUGAAGUAUUUAGGAGCGGUCAUUCGGUAUUAUAUUUAUAGAAGAUACGUUAA